AUGACUUCGAAACGCAGUUCACGACUCUUCGUGGACGAACCCACACAUACCAGAGAAGGCCAACAGACACCCAACGGCACACAAUUCCGUUCAAGACAGGGCUCUCGAAGCUCUACAAGAGAAGAAACGAUGCAAGAAGUAGAGGAAGCCCUCUUCAAUGGCCGCGAUGCCACAAAUGUCAGCCGCUCUGGGAGCCUUUCCGCCGUCAAUAUGGAAACGUCUCUGUCGGCAUCUUCAAGAACAAGUAAUUCGAGUGCCUCCUCGACAUCAGCAUAUCAAUCACAAUCAACCGACUACACAGCGCCUCUCAAUGGCCGACCUCACAAUUUUGGCGUUGUCAUUCCAGGCGUCUACCGAAGUAGCUUUCCUCGGUCUCACGAUUUUGAGUACCUCAAGGGUCUGGGCCUCAAGACCAUUGUCACGCUUGUCAGGAAAGAUGAACUUGAUCACGAUCUCGAGACAUUCGUCCAACGUGAAGGCAUUCGACAAGUCGUCUUCAAUAUGAAGGGCACCAAGAAGGAGGCAAUUCCUCUGGGCACCAUGAAAGCUAUCCUCAGCAUCGUUCUCGACAAGUCAAAUUACCCUCUGCUGGUUCACUGCAAUCACGGAAAGCACCGAACUGGAUGCGUUGUCGGAGUUGUCCGCAAGAUCGCCGGCUGGGACACCGAGAGCGUCGUGGCAGAGUACAAGAGCUACGCCGAGCCAAAGGCUCGUGAAUGUGAUGUCAACUAUCUUGAUGACUUCCAGGUCUCAAGUUUAGGAAUUUCGAAUCCCAUUCCUAACGCGACAAAAGACGUCUACAAAAAGUGCAGUCGGUUUCAACCUCGCACAUUUUUUCGAGCCGUCUUCUUCACCACUUUCGUCUUGCUGUUGUUCUUCAUGUCAGGAUCAAGACUCAGCACAGCGACAAGACCCGACCAUCUACUUCUCUGA